AUGAUCACUUACUGCAUUCAGGUUUUUGCUUUAGCCUCGGUCGACGUUUGUCGGGUGGCUAGUCAGAUUGAUAUUGACGCUUUGCAAGAUAACCUCGUUAGUGUCGCUUUCUGUGACAUUAACUCAGAAAUUGAUACUCGUUACGUGGACACUAAUUUUAUCAAACUUUUCCAACUAGCUCAACUCCUUAUAGAAUACCUUCUGUAUUCACAAGAUUACCUUACGAAUACUGUCGACAGUUUAAGGCUGGAGAACGAAACAAUUAAAAAGGAAACUGAUGUUUUAAAAAAGCGUUUGGAGCAGCAGGCACAACGCUUAACAAGUACACGAAAGGAGUGCCAUCGCCGCCGCCUACUUCUUCUUGCUCAACAGCGCCUCAUGCAUAACGGGCCCCAAUCUUACCAUCGAUGUCCUCACUGCACAAAAGCCUUCAUCAAUGCCUCCUUCCUCAAUGCGCAUCUUUUUCGCCGCCACGCGGAGGUAGUCUCGGCUCUUCAGGGCAUCAAUCUCAAUCAGGUCAGCCUUCUCCCGUUGGAUAGUGGGACCAAUUUUGUUGCUGAAAAGAGCACCAAUGAAAAAUUACCUAUUCUGACGUCUAACUUGGAGCAGCAGAUUCAGGAGGUGUUGAACCACCUCAAGUCGCAGAUUCCACCACCGCUACCGCAGCCUCCACCAGCUUUGAGUUCUGCAGUGGUACAGACUGUUGAGGUGAAGGAUGCAGUGAGUCCCCGUGCGCCUGCGGGAGUGGAGAUUGCAUGGCGACAACGGACUGUUGAGUUGGAGCGCCAGCUUGAAGAGGAACGUGAUUAUCUGCGCCAACUGGAGGAGCGCAAUCGUGCUUGGCAGGACUCUCUCACCUUGCAGCAUAGGACCGAUGUUGAAAGGGUCAGAGAAAUGUUUGAGGUAGAACUACGAAAUCUGAGAGAGGAAAAUUUGGAAACUCAAAGGCAAUUAAUUCAGCUGAGACUAAAAGGAGCUAAUGCCUCAAGUUUCGAAGACGUCGAGGCUGACGUUCCAGAGCAGUUAGAACGUCAAGUCAGAAGCCUAGAGGCGGUAAGAUCUCCAGUGCCCAAAUUGGUUACUGCGUCAUCCUCGGAACACUCUCCCGAGACGGCCUUCUUGUUGCCGUCUUCAUCCAAUCCUUCGGUAACUAAAGCGAAGCGAAAUACGAACAAUGCAGUUCACUCGGUGAGGCGCAGCUGUCCUACGGUCUCCCGAGGCGUCAGUUGCAGCGGUGGGAUCGGGAGUCUGAGCCAUAUGCUCUAUAAUAUUCCGACUGCGCAUGAAAAGCCCUCUGGACGCCAAUGCAUGAGUAAUAGGGAACCCGUCAGUCUCGCGGAUGCUUCCGUCCAAGUUGCGCGUAAAGAGGCCAUCUCACGAUUGGCCACUCACAAUCUCACCGUUCCGCAGAAUCAUAAAGCCUUGCUCACGAAUAAGGGUGUAGUAGUGGAGAGUCUAAUUGUCCGAACUGAGGAUGAAGAAGAUCGGGAAUCGGAUAGAACUCGAAGCAUUCAUCUGAUCCCAUUUGCGGUUUCCACACCAAGCUUCUUACCCACGGUUUUAAAUGAGGUUCAUGCGUCACCAAAAAGAGAUAGGUGUCAGUCUGACAACGAGGCCGAAUUCGGGAAUAGCAGGAUCGUGCAAUUAGUCGAUGAAAGUACUGAAAAGUCCCAGUACGCGAGGGAACGUUCAAUCAAAUCCCGUUCAUAUGCGAAAUCUAAAAAGAUGGAUGCUGGAAUUUUUCACAGGGCUCUGCAAUUGAACGGCCCAGAACUCAGAGUUGAUACAUUGAAGAACAUUUCGCACUACAAAGACCAAUUGGAAAAGCUUCGUUUUGAUCCAGAUGCAAUGAAGCGCCUGCGCAAAGAAGUGGAAGCCCUUCUGGCGGAGCAGUUGAUCGACCACGAUGUGGAGGUGGAUGUCAGCGGGCUGACGAGAGGCAAAUUCAAUGAGACGCUGGACAUCCUCGGUCAGGAGAGACAGCAUUUAACGAGAAAGCAUUCCAAUUUUGCAGAAAUUCGUGCGUCGAUAGCGCGUAAAGUCGACCGAAUGGCACUGAUGGCAUUACAUUCAAAGCGCGAACGUCACGAUUCGGCUCUUAGAAGUGGAAGGAAUGGUAUUCGUGAAGGUGAUGGAGACACGGAUGGAGGAGGUUCUCAAAAGAAAGCUCGAGCCCCGCGCAUCCCAGACCGCGAUACUCUAAGUCGACCACCGAGCGGGAGACCGGCCUCUCUCACUUCGCUUACUCAUAUCCUCGCACCGAUCACGGAGCAUCGACGCUUUGCCACUGCUAGUCCUGCUCUACGAAAGGUCAACCCAACCCAAUCCAGACAGUCACUCUUUGAGAACACCGAAGAUGAGGGUGACGGUGAUGAUAAUUGUGAUAGGAGGGUGGCAAAGGCAGAACGGAGAACCGUAGCUCAUAGGUAA